AUGAUAAUAAGAGCAAUAAUAACUGAAUCAUAGUAUAGAAUACAUUAUUUGAUAUUGAUGAUCUUCUUAUAACCUUUAAAUCAUUAUAUGUUUUAUACAUUAUAGAAAUUAGAAUGUACAUAAUAAACUUAAACCUAAUUUAAAUAAGAAUCAAUAAUAUAAUAAAAUGAAUAACUUAUAUGUUUGUCUAAUGAUAGUAAGAUAGAUAAUUUGAAAUGUGAUCUAAAUGAGAGUGUAAUUGUUAAUUAGAUAAAUUAUGAUUUAGAAUCUCCUAAAAUAUAAUAAGAACAUAAAUCAAUAGUUGUUAACAGAGAAACUAUUUAAUAAAGAAUUAUCAUUAAAAAAUAACCAAUAAAUAUGUAGAAAACAACAACAAAUUCUUCGCAUUCAUUUUAACAUGAUCCGUUAAAAUUGGAAAGUCAUAUAGAUUCUAAAUAUUCUGAUUUAGUUGCAAUAAUGAGUAAUCUUCCUUUUGGUAUAAUUUUUGUUGAUUAACAAUUAAAAAUAUUAGACUAUAACCAAAAAGUUAUCUAAUUGUUAGGUAUCACUAAUCCUGAUAAUAUUAUUCCAUUUUUAGAUGAAGCCAUUUAAAAGUAUAUAAUUUAAUUAAUUAUAACAGAAGUGGAGAAAUUUAAGAAGUCCGUUCUGCUAAAAAAAUUAAAAAAUCAAUGAAUAAAUCACCAAAAAAAAUGACAUACUUUAAAUAACCAUCAAUUAGUUUAUAAAAAAGAUAAUUUGAUGAUUAAAUACCAGAUGUAGUUUCUCAAUAUUAUAAUUGUGGAUCCUAACCAAGGAUGGACAAUGAAAGUCAAUAAGAAGGAAAUUUAAAGUCAGUAUUCUAAAAAUUCUAGAAAAUUCACUAAAGUUAAUAAACAUCUACUUCAAGGGAAACCUAUUAAUUUAUUAUUAGAUUAGAUUCCAUGAAUGCUUCAUAAUGUAAAUCUAAAUAUAAAAGUUUAAAACUUAAGAUUUUUUAAAUUGAAGAAAAUGGAAAGUGGAAUUAAAAUGUUUAUUUAAUUGUAUUAGAAAACAUUACAAAAAGAGAAGAAUAUAAAUUACUUAAUCAUAAAUAUAAAUUUUAAUAAGCUCUUUUAAAUUCGUUAUGUCAUGAAUUAAGAACUCCAAUCAAUAGUGUCCUUUCCUAAUUAUAUGCAUUAAAAGAUGAAUUAACAAUUGAUUUAUUAGAAUCCCAUCUUAAUCCUGCAAUUGUAUCAACUAAAAGAUUAUAAUAUUAAUUAAAUGAUAUUUUAGAUUAUGCUUAAAUUUAAUGUAAAGCUUUGACUCUCAAUAAAUCAUAUUUUAAAUUAGAAGAGAUCUUUUAAUAAUUGUAAGAAUUAUUUUAUUUUGAAUGUAUAUAGAAAUAGAUUCAAUUAAUAAUAGAUAAUGAUCAUUAAAUUAGAUUGUAUACUGAUAAAGAGAGAUUACUAAGAGUUUUUAUAAAUUUAUUAGAUAAUUCUGUUAAAUUUACAGAUAAAGGAGGAACAAUUAAGAUUUCAAUAGAAAUAUUAAAAGAUCAAUAUAAAUUUAUUAUUUAUGAUGAUGGAUAAGGUAUUAAAGAUGAAAUAAUUGAAAAAAUAGAAGAGGAAGCAGAAAUCUUGUUUUAAGAUUCUAUUUAAUAUAAUUCAAAUAAAUUAGGUUUAGGAUUAAGAAUAUCUAUGAUACUAUCAAAAUACUUAUAUAAAGAAUAGAAAUUCAAAAUAGAUUCUAAAUUUAAUGAAUAUACUAGAAUAAGUUUUGGAUUGUCAAACUUAAUUGAAAAUUGUUCAUUAGAAUUUUAAAUGGGUAGAUAAUUGUCUCGUCUUGAAAAAUAUUGUGAAUGCAGUAAAAUACUUAUUGUUGAUGACAUAAUUUGUAAUCACUUUGCACUUUAAGUUUUAUUAAAGAAAUUUAAAGUAAAAACUGAUAGUGCUUACAAUGGGGAUUCAGCUAUAGAAUUAGUUGAAUAGAGAUUAAAAUAAUAAUGUUGUUAAACUUAUCGAAUAAUUUUUAUGGAUAUUGAAAUGCCAUAGAAGAAUGGAUUUUAAGCAUCUUCGGAAGUAUUUUAAAAUAUCAUCCAUUUAGAUAUCUUAAAAAUUAAAACAAAAUUCUCUUCAUGAUGAAUGCAUAAUAACCAUGUAUUCUGCAUAUUCUGGAGACGAUGAUGUUCUAAUAGCAACUUAAUGUGGAAUGAAAGAACGAAUUUCAAAACCUACUGAUAUUUAAAAAUUGGAGCACAUUAUUAAUAAAUAUUUACUUUGA